CGAACGUGUCCAUAUUUUUCGCUGGCUGCAAUUAAACACACAGUAUAGCGUUCUGUUGCUUCCGAGACGUACCUCAGUUAACUGCCUACAAAAAAAAACCAUAUAAAAACCGCGCAGUGGUCCGUUCGAUUUUCUUAUUCUCAUAGCAUCAUUAUAACAAAUCCGAAAUGGCAAGUUUCGCAGUGAAAACCCUCUUCGUCACGGCGCUCGUCUGCCUGGUAUUCGACGUGAGUAUUUCUCGUAUUUCCAUCCGUCUUUUUCGAUUCUGAUACAAUAAUAAUAAUAAUGUACAAGCACCGUUACGCAUAUUAUUCUACUUAUACACGUGUAGGUACCUAUAAUCGUUUGUUCCGCCGGCGAACGAUUAAAACACGCUUUGUAUUAUACAAUUUUUUUUAUAAAAACAAUAAUACACUUAAAUUAUAAUUAAUGUGCAAUUUAUAAUAAUACUGCACCGUAAACCGCGCAAGUAUACCCACAUAACACACGCUUAAUAGCAAUUUUUCCCGAUGGGCUUUUUGUAUAUUGUAUACGGUUGAAAACGUUUUUUUUUUUUUUUUUUUUUUAUCUUAAUAUUCCAUGUACAUAAUCCGACCAUUAUAAUACAUGUAGGUAGGAUAUAUUAUUUAUUAUUUUUUUUUUUUCUAGAAUAUUUCCUAUCUCGAAUAAUGAUAAAUUUACAAAUUUAUGGCAUUAUAUUUGUGUCCGUUUAACAUAAAACGUAUAAAAUAUACAACAACAAUGUUAUAGAAAAACGUCGUCGCGCUGACACACCCGCGCGAUAUCGUCUAUGCAGUUUUUAUGCCGUGCAAAAACGUUUUCCACGAAGACGAUCGCAUUACGCUAUUAUUAUUAUUGUUGUAGUUAUUGUGAUUUUGCUUUUCGCUUAUCGACCGAAUAAAUUUAUUUUCAUUUUUUUUUUUUUUUUUUUUAUUAUUCCCUAGGUAUGAUAUUAUGGUCGUAGAUUUAAAAAAAAAAAAACUAAAAAUAUAAUUGCACACGUUACAAAUUAAUAAUAUAUACAAAAGGCUCAUUAUAAUUUAUUCUUCUCGCAUAUUAUUCUUACACGUACAAAUUUCGCAUAAUUAUAGAUUUUACUUUCGGUACGAUAAAUGCUGAAAUUUAUCUGUUAUACCUGCAUUGCUUGCUUCAAUAUUAACUUUUUUACCGAAAUACGGCUGUCGUAUAAACACCGAUUUAAAUGUUAUGUUAUUUUAAAAAAAGAACGAUAUACUUUUUUCACUCACUGUUCAUUUUCGAACGUAAUUUCCACGUUUCUCCAAAUAUUCAUUUUGAUAAUAUUAUUUUUAAGUAAUAAAGGGAAAUGAACAGCGGAGGAAUACGGUAUUUCAUUUGUGGGGGGAAAUAGCUACGACCCAAUAUGCGAGUGCAUACACACACACACACACACACACACACACACACACACACACAUACAUACACGCACGUAUUAAUAUUAUCAUAUUAACUGCACUUUAUUGAAAAUGUAGCUUUCAAACGCAAAAAAAAUGCAUACUGUAAUAUUAAAAUAAUAUACCCAACUACAAUAUCCAUCGCAUGUUAAUCUAGUUUUCCGAUUAAUGUUACGAACAAUCAGUAAACGGGUAAAAAAUAAAGGAAACAAAAUCCAAGAAACUAUAAAAUAUAAUUGUUUUACAUACAUCUACUUUCACGAAAGUACCUGUAUGGUGAGAUACUACGUGUCCUCUAAUUAAAUUGAUACUACAGUAUUACACUAACAACGCAAUAACAUAACACUACAAGACGUAUCCAACACUAAUAACGUGUUAAGUGUAACAAACACCUGUUAAACAUUGUUUUUAAUUAUUGUCGCGGCAAACGAAUUUAUAGAUUAUUGGUAUUUCUGUAGGAAAUUUAUUUAAAUAUACUUCUCGACCUUGCCAUUCGAUUUUCCAAAAUAGAAAAAUAUAUAAUAUUUAUAAUAUAUAUAUUUAUACAUAAAUGUUUCAACGAGAUAUUUCGUGUCAUAAAUAUUUAUGACGACUAAUUUUACUUUUCCUAUUAUUCGAAAAUUAUACAAACCAUAAGCGUAUAAAGGCGUAGCCUUUUAUACAAAACCGUUUAUGGACAGCAAUCGUAAGUUAUUAUUGUCGUAGGUUCAUCGGUUAACUAGUUUGAGUGUUUUUUUUUUUUCUAUUAUUCUAAUAUAAGCUAAAUGCAUAACGAUGUGUGAUAAAAAAAAAAAAAUUCCUAACAAAUAAAACUUUUUAAAGCGUUUAGAAUGCCGCACGCUCUUGACUAAUAAAUGCCUGAAUAUUAUAAUAUUUUCAAUGCUUUAGCUGGAUGUAGAACAGUAGAAGAAUACAAUAUGGUCGUAAAUUGAAAAAAAAACCGACGAAAUAGAGACGUAUACAUCGAGUCGAUAGAAUUAAACAGGGUUGUUAUUCAACAAAUUGUUUUAAACACACGCUGCAAUGACUAAAAUACUAGAUACUUAUUAAUUUUAACUCUCAAUUAUCGUUAGCGUACAAAAAAAAAAGGAUUAUUAGUAUUAGGAAUACAUCGGUUAUAAAAACCACGAUACUGGUAAAUAUUACAUAAGGGAAAAUCUACUAUUAACGUCAGAAAAAUCGAUAAAAAGGACGGACAUACUUCGCACGUGAGUGCAACCACUUUUUUAGGUGGGAAUUUGGGAAGGUAGGAUACAGACGAGAAUUUAAUGCACAACGAUUAACAUUAUACAACGAUCAUUGCACGAUAAACCAUUGCUAACGAAAAACGUAUUCUGAGCGGAAUCAGUUGAUAGUGUUGCUCUGUCAACAAUAUAUAUGUCAUAUUAUUAUGGUAAAAAAAUUAAAACAGUGUGCCUUUCCGUGACAACAAUGAUUAUUUAAAAUAAUAAAAACUUAAUAAUAACAAAAAAAUAAAUAAAAACGGUGGCCAAUGACAACCAUAUUUUUAAUCUUUUAAUCUUUUUUAACCUUAAGAAUCAGGUUUUCUUUAUUAUCUCGAAUACAAAUGAGAAUUUCAAAAAACUACAUCUCUAAAAUAUCACCUAGAGAACAUCUCCUUUCAGAAAAAUUUGUUAUACUUUAUAAUCAGAGUAUGGUUUCUGAAGAAAAAGUGUUCGCAUAGAAAAAAAACAAACAUCAUUGUAAAACCAAUACAUUCCUUAGUACACUCAGAGUCUAAAAUAUGAAUAAUACAAAUUGUUUAAAAAUAAUGAAAAACGUUUUAAACCUUCAGAUUAAAGUAGCGUUUAAACACGACCAAAACAAAUCUAAUGUUAAAAAUAUGAUUUUUAUUUAAGUCGUGGGUUUUCAACGACUUUACUGUAAAACUAAAGCAAACUAUAAUGUAUAAUGUAUAUAGCGUCAUUGCGAAUCGAAUACUAAACGAGUGAAUUACCUACAGGAAUAAAUAAAAUAGAAGAUAAAACAACACGAGGCAAUGGUUAUAUUAUUAUACGAAGGUGUAUUAUUAGGUACAUAAUAUUACUCGUAUAUUUAAAAAUCGUUUCGAUAUGAGUGUCGGGUCGUCGUAGUUGUCGCAUCGGUAAAUAAUUAUCAUGUUAUAUGGACGUUAUGAGUACGAGGACGAAGGUUAUUGCUGUGUUCGGUCCAUAAAGCAUAGGUCCGUGAUAAUUUCGAAUUCUCAAUCGAGUCUGAAUUCGACGGAGAGGGGGGGGAUGGUAAUCGUCGGUGAAACCGCUAGUAACAAUAUUGGACUAAUUAAAAAAAAAAAAAAAACCACAAAAAAUAAAUAAUAAAACACAGCGUCGAAUAAAGAAUGUGUCGGGCCGCCGAAAUUUAAGAUUUCCAUAAAAUGUAUAAAAAAUAGACCAAACUAAUAUAAAUUUAUUUAAAAACAAAUAUAAUUUUACGGUAUAACAUGUAGUGUGUGCUGGCCACGGUUGGAGCCAAAACCUGUUUGUUUAUUAAUUUCGUAUAGUUUAUUCUCGUGCAAUUCGUCGCUAAAAAUUAUGGAAUUUCUGAAAUAGAUAAUGCGGCGAUCGUUAAUUUUUCGAGGGAAAUGAUUUGGUUAUAGAAUGUAAUAAUGAUUGUUAUACGUAUUAAGUGUACGCCGAAACUUAAUAUGGUGUGGGAUGUUGGCGGGAGUCGUGAUUAGAAAAACGUAUGUAGGCACGCAAAAACUAAAAAAUUUAAUAAUAUUAAUAAUCAUGCACGAAUUCCUGUUAUUACGAAUUUCAAAAGUAUACAUUGUUACAGUUAUUGUUCAGACCUCUAAGUCGGAAAUUAUUCGAAUUACCUAAAUUCGUGCAAAAGAAAAACUCGCUCGUAUAUAUUGCCAAAGAGAAAUAACUAACCAAACAAUGCUAUUACCAAAUAGAUAAGCAAUGAUUAUUAGCUAUAAUGACAAUUUAAAACGAUAGCAAAUAAAUGUUGCAUGGUGGUCCGUUAACCGAUAGUUUUCAAUGAAAAAUUAAUGCAUUUGUACAUUGCACAAUAUUAUAAUAUGUAACAUUAUACUAGUGAUUUUUUUUUUUUUUUUUAUUCGACGAAAGCGUUAACAAAAUAAUAUAUGAAAAAAAAAAAAAAAACAAAACAUAAUAUAGAAUGUCGGAAAGGUAAGCUGUAAUUUAAUGAAUUUAACGCAAUGCGAUAAUACAUUACAAAGCACAACGAUGCAAUUAAACUGGGUGCCUACUAUUUCUGUGUAGUGCGCGUAUCAUCUUAAAUGAUUAAAAUAUAACGGAACUUUAUAAAAGCAUUGAAAACCUCUAAUGUACCUAUUAAAUAUAAUGCGUGCCUUAUCGAUUUCAAAAAUGAUUCCGCGAAACAGGGUUUAAAUGAUAAAAGUUAUGUUUGAUCACUACUGUAAAACAAAAGGUAAACGUUAGGUAAGUAUUUUGUGGAAAUUUCAGGUUUCUACAAUUAUUGUUCAUUUUUAACCGAAUUACAACAGAAAAACGAAAUCGAAAGUACCUAACGAAACUUUUAUUUCUGUAAAUUUAUCCGCCGUUCGCAUUGGCCUUUUUCCGGUUUUCCGAAUUAUUAUGAAAAAUACUUGGGAAAUCAAAAAAUGAUUACAUAGUUGGAUGACUAACAGUGCCACAAAAAAACUGAAUGCUCUUUCGUCGUUUUUCGAUUGGAGAAAGAUUUCUGAUAGGAAAGUUAUUAACAGACAGGAAAAAAAAAACCACAGAUAAAACCAAUAAAUUGCACGCUGCAUUCAGAUUAUAUAUAUAUAUAUAUAUAAAAAAAACCCGGCAAAAAUGAAAAUAUUAAACAUCCGUACAUAUAGGUGCCAAUCUAAUGAUACAAAUUUAUCUGGACGUUCGGUAAUUUAAACAACGAGACGAAACAUUAAAAUAAUAAAUUUGUCAAUCCCAUGGGUCCGACGAGGGUCCGAAAAUUAUCGCUGUAUUCACGAUUAUAUAUAUCCAUAUAAAAGAGUGGUCCAAAAUUUUCGGACAUGAAUAAUACAUUAAACCGAACGACAUACGGAUGCGUCGAGAUUUGCAAAAUAUUAAUAAUAAUAAUAUACGCGUAGCCGACCGGGAUGACAUUUGUAUAAUAUCAAUCAGAUGGUAUAAAUUCGUUUUGCUGUAUAACAUUAUGAAAAUUUGACGUCAAUGAUGAAAGCGCUGACAUUUUCUAAAUUCUGACGGUUAUAAUAAAUACCGUCAAAUUUAUUUCGUGAACAAAAUAUUCCGCCGUCACAUGGAACUAAUACAUACAGAUUUAAAUGCCUAUCCAUAGGCGCAUGUAGGUGAAAUUUCAGAGAGGGAGAGCAAAAUUAAACAAAUUCUCAAAGUGUAUACCAAACGAAGAAUUCAUUUUCAAUUUAUUAAUAUCAUUUUUUGAGGAAAUACCCCUGUCUUACCCCCUUCCCCCUAUAGACGUUCGCGUACCUACUUAAUAUUAACCCGUUAUAUUUGUGUGAGAAAAAAAUACGCACCAUGGUAUUAUAUUUGCCGGUGAAGUCAUCUCGACUCAUAUUUGCGUAUGGUUUCUUGCUGAUAAAUGAAAAAAAUCGCGGAAUGGAAAAUAAUAAGGAUAUAGUUUAUACCGGUUAUUUAUUUACUCUUCUAGGAAUUCAAUUUUUUGAAUUGUAGAAACAAACAGUUCUAAAAGGUUACGUUUUUGUUAUUUUUUGUCGCCCUUAUUGUGGGAGAAAACCGACUACCUACUUUUGAUUUUAAAAUGGAUACCUAUAGUGAAAAUUCCGUAAAUAUAUGAAGUGUAUUAGUUUAAAUACAUUUUGGUUUUGAAAUUUCCGACAACCCGUUGACGAGAUAUUCCAAUGGAGAUAAGUGAGUAAUAGAACAUAAUUUCGUGUGGCGGCACAGCGUGCGGAGUUUCAAUAGUGCUCCACUACUCUCCCCUUAAAUAUCGUGUUGAUGGGUUGACGGCAAUCAAAAAUGUCAAUACUAAAAUAACGUGGUUAAAAGAAAUAAGGAAAAAAAGUAACUUUGGCAGAUAAAAAAAAAAAAAAUAGAAGGAGUAAUACGAUAGGUCAACUAUAGUACCGCGAUAGUUUGUUGAGGUUGAUUAUUGAAGGUUAUGUGAAUGGUAAAAAUGGAAAAAGAACACCAAGGAUGGAAUCUAGUACAAAUUACGAAGGACGUGAGAGUGAAAAAUUAUCGGGAUUCGAAGGAGCCGAGUUAUGACAGAGAAUCACGGAGAGUUGCGGUCAAACGAACGAAUACCAAGAUGAAGAACAAAAUAUUGCUUGUUGCUUGGAUAUCUAAAAAAAAAAAAAAAAAUGUUAAUACAUUUUGAAAUAAUGUGUGUUUUGUCAAGGAUUUUGAUCGCCCUGUAUAGUGCUGGGAUCACUAUAAAAAUUACAAAUUCGAUAUUAUAACCGCGAGUUUUAAUGUUUUGAUAUGACACCAAUGUAGUUACGAGUUAUAACUGUCGUCUGUUCAAAUUUUACCUGUACUUUAUGCAAUGACGAUUGGGCAAUGCCGUCCGACAUUUUGAUAUCGUCUUUUAAAUAAUUUAAAAAAAAUCGAAAAGAAGAGCUGUACAAAAAAAGUAAUUUCAUAAUGUUAUAAUGGAUUGAUUUCUAUGGUUAACACUAUCGCGAGGUAACGAGUAUUGUAGUAUUUUAUUAUUUUUGAAAAGUUGGAAAUGCCAACCAUAGGCGUAAUUUCGCUAAAAUGCAGGGCGUGCAAAACCGACGUUUACGUACCUAAGUAGUAAAGUAACUAAUAAAAUAAAAAAAAAUCCAGAAUAAGUGUAUUUUGUAAUAAAUAUUAAUGUAAACGCUCGUAUGCAAAAUGGCUCACAAAGACUAUAUGGCAUUAUAUAUGAUCAUUCGGGAACGCAUUCGUACGCACUUAAAAUCCAUAAAAAGCGCUUAAAAACGUCAAAAAUUCCUAAAAAAAAAAAAAAAAUCACUUAGAAAUAUUUAAAAGAGCAAUAAAAACUGAGGGGUUUAAAAGUCCCUCAGAGUAGAACCAGUAAAGUUGAGACGAAUACCACUCUACCACUCUUGCUUUUCAAAAAUUUUGGAGUUCUUCUUUAACGAUUCAAGCGCUUUUUGCAGUUUUCAAAGUGCCCAUAAAUCCGUUCCCUAAUGGUUAUUGAUAGCAUAGCAACGAUUUUUCGCGAUCACGCGUUCGCGCGGUAUCACCGUUAAUCCGUUUUGCGGUAUCACAAUCCCCGUUUACGAGCGGCGAACGUCACUUGUGCGAAAAACGAUAAGAGACGUUUUCAGAGACGCGGCCCGGUCGCAUACGUUAACAAACUGCGCGCUCAAACGAACGCUACCCGACGUGGUUUCGCAUAACGAAUCCGGGGUUUGUUUCUCGAUUAGCGGCAACACAAAAUGAUAGCGUUGCACUCCGCGAAAAUUCAACCCUCGAGCCCCCGCCCCCGUGAUUACGGCCCACGACGCCAACAACAAUAAACGUCCUGUAACAAUCGGCUGUCGAAAUUUGUUUUACACGCGCGCGGACGCCGAUACGUUUGUUUACCGAUUUAUCGUGUCGAUUUUCGAUUGUUGUUAUUAUGUUAGCACGCGUAUUUUUGUGCGCCUCGGAGUGUUGUGUUUCGUGAUAUUAUUGUAACGUAAUGCGAAGUACGCGAAACGUUAUACGGGAUCGCUAAAAGCGCAUGUACGCGUAAACGGUUUUUUUUUUUUUUAUUUAUUAUUGUUAUUUUUUUUUUUUUUUUAUUCUCCGUUAUUGUUAUUAUUGUCGCUCGUUGUAUUCUUUGUUUUCGUGUGUCGCGAGCGUAACAAAGAAGAAAAAAAAUGUCACGUGGCGGUUUUUUUUUUCUGAGAGGAUCCGCGCUGCGACAGUCGAUCCGGCGGUAUCCGUAGAGUGUGGAAAGUUACUUUUAGUCCUCCGAUAUGCCGACUACCCCACCGUCCUCCCGUAAAGACCGCGGCACUUCAAAAUAUUUCAUUAGCCACGGUUUAUAACUCUACACGUAUCCCGAGUUCUCGACUACCGACCUGCGACAAUAGCACAUCCACCAGCGGUAUCGGCACUUUUUUAACUGUAUAAAUUAUUAAAUUGGUUACGCUUAAUGUGCCCCGCGGAUUCCUAAGACCCCGUAUUCCUAAAUAACUUAAUGGCUCAAUGGGGAUGCGAAAGGAAACGGCGCGCAUAAGUAUGUUUAAGUGUUUGCGGGCAACUUUGUUAGGGCCAUAAAAUAAUCGUGUGCAUCAAUAUUGAAUAGAUUCUCUGUAAUGAUGCGCGUUAUUUGCACUCGAGUAGAAGCGCAGAAAAACGGAAACCAUUCGCGUCACGUUAACUAUAAUAAUGUAAAUCUCGACGAACCGGGCAGUUCGAGUUGACGAAUCGCUAAACACAGUAGGUGAAAAAAAAAAAUGGCGACAGGAGAUGCAGUGUGUCUUUUGGGCGGCGAUUCACCGCCCUCCCAGCAAAAAAAUCGGAGAAAACGUUACCGGCUCCGUAAUUUACGAUACAAAAAAAAAAAAAAAAAAAUGCGUUAUUUAAGUUUAUUCUUCUACGCUUUAUGAACGCGAUGUGAAUUGUGUAAUUAUUUUCGCAUUCGAACGUUUCGGACGUCGCCGAACCAGCGGAACCCCCGCCGCUCGACUGGUCACCGCUAACUGUACGCCGUCGUCGACGCUAUUAACGCGGCGAAAAUUCGUAUUAAAAAUUCGUAUGUACUACACACGUUUAUUUUUGUUCGAUUUCGUUUUUUUUUUAUUAGGUAUACAUUUAAUCGGUCGUUUAGCAUUAUAUCCACGUGAUUCUCUCUAGUUUUUGGUCAAGUUUAUAACACCGACACGUACAGUCGUAUAAUAAUAUAAUACAUUAACAUAAUAUUUGUAUACCUACGAUUUUAUUAUAAUCAGACACCGAACUGUAUCCAUAUCGUUUCUUGUGUAGUCAAAAAACAUUAAGGACAAUAUAAAAUAAUGUUAUACCCGCAAACGGCUGUACGCCUAAUUGAAUUAUAAUUACUAUUUUUAAAAUAUCGCGAUAAUGAUCGAAACGUACAUGCUCGCGCGGCUGCAGUUUCUGAUUUUUUAAAUAUUAUGAUCACAUGUUGAGGUAUGCUAAUAUCCAAAAGACAACAAUAUGUUGUACGGUCGAGUUACAAUUUUAUUUUAGGUUUUUUGACGAAAUUUGAAAAUUCUACAAUAAUAUUAAAAAAAAAAAAUUCCUUACUUUUACGAUUCCCGUAAAAAUUCAAAUCUUAGAGCGAUUUAAUAAAAAAAAAAACUUCUACAUAACGCUGAAUUUUUUUUUUUCUAAUGUCCAAGCGUUUAUGUUCGGCCGAAAAAUUGUAUUCACUCAAUACCCAGUUGAUCGCUUAAAAUAUUCAAAAAUGUCGAACGUAUGUAAUCGUUAACGCCGGCUUUCCUACGUUUUCCCAAAUCUACUAGAAGAAAAUCGAAUGUAAAAUCUCAAAAAAAAAAAAAACAUUUUUAACGCAUCGACUAGAUCCGAAAUCCGUCGAUCGAAAGGAUUUCCGGUGAGAAAUUUGUGAACAUACGCACACAGAUGAUAGGACAGAAAAAAAAAACCGCAUAUAAUACAAUAACCAAUAUAAUCCUGGCUCCGCUCAGAAUCCUAAAACCAAAUCGUGUGAAAUGCACACCGCAGCAAUAUCGGGUGCCCAGCUACGUCUACGCGGUUUGGGCCGUCGAAAACUAAAAACUCGUAAUUUUAUCAACGCGUUUUUACUCUCUGCUUUUUUGCUUUUAGCCAUAACAUUGCACGUAUAGACACAAGCGCAGUACGAAAUUAUAAUAUUUUGUGCAGUGACCGCGACCGCGCGAAAAUCCGCUUAACAACGACCGGUCGAAAUCUGUCGGUUUGCCGUUUCGUUUCGGAUUUAAUUUCACACCGCGCGGAUAUAAUGGUUUUUGUUUUUUUUUUUUAUCCGAAUAUUACGAUCGCGUGUUACGGUUUUUUAAUGGAAAGCGUGUGUUUUCGGUCAGGGGUCUGGGGCGGCUCUUCCCCCCGACAAUACCGCAAAUCCACCGCGGAACGUUUCCGAUUGAUUUCCGGACAGGAGCUCGCGCGGUGGGACCGCGAUAUUGGAAAAUAUUAAUGAUCGAUGCUCUUGACGACUUCUUUUCCUUAUCGCGGAAAACCGUCCGUGCCGGGUUACGGGGGAGGGGGGUGGGGAGACGGUGAGAACCGACCUGGCCCCUAGUAAUAUUAUAGCGCCUACUGCAUGACGAUAAUAAUGUGCCAUGUUGUGUAAUUAUAUGCCGGGGGUUUUUGUUUUGCACAGUUGGCCGCGUCCGAACACCAGAAGAACGUGCGGGAGGACACUCAGCAGCUAGAGCCGGCCGGUUACGAGACGGCCGGUUACGAGACGGCCGCCGGCCACGAGGACGUCGCGAGCACGACCGCCGCGCCGGGCUCGUUCAAAGACAAACUCAAGGGCAUCGUGAAGAACGUGAAAAAGGGCGCGUCGGACGUGUACGAGUCGGUGUCGGGCUCGGUGUCCGGAGCCAUCGACAAGAUCAAGGGCACGUUCAACCGAGACUCGAGCGCGGAGAAACACUCGUCCGCGGAACGCGACCACCAGCAUGCCCCGGACGCCAACUCGUCCGAGGAACGGCACCACCACUGAACGGACGCGGUCGCCGACCGCUCCGGACCGCGACAAUAUUUAUACAACAAAAUAUAUCAUUAUAAAACUGUAAUACGGCGUUCCGUCGCCCCGCGCGACGUCGUUGACGGCAAUCACGCGUUGUCGUCCGACGCUAAAAACCGUCACUGUAAUCAACGCGCCCGUAUCAAUGCAUACAUUAUCAAUACAUUAAUACAUACAUUAUUAUAAAUACAUUGUCAUUGUUAUUUAUUUGGAUCGUGAAACGCGUUAUGCGAACGCCUUUAUUACACUCUCCGUCCCCGUGUCUCCCUUCGCGCGCGCCCGUAAAAUACGAGUACACGGCGCGUUAUUGAUGUCGCCGUUUAUUAUAACUGGAGACCGGAUUUGUAUGCAUUUUAAAUUGUGAAACAUGCAUGCGAACAUGCGCUAAAAAAAAAAAAAAAAAGACAAGAUAUGCAAGAGAAAAAAGCGAAACAUGCAUAAUAAAGUUUAAAAUUUUAUAAUUUAUUUAAAUUUUGCAGUGAUAAUUAAUUAUUAAUUUUAUUAAAAUUUCCAUAAACGAAAAAAGUAAACAAGUAAAUAAUACGUAUUGGUAUAAAAUGGGGAAAAAGGACGACAAAUUUAAUGUAUUAGGCAUGUUAAUUGGAAAAACAAUAAGUUAUUAAAGUGUGUCCCAUGUUUAUUUCUGUAAAAUUAUGACGACGAUCUGUAAGGAUGCGCUUGUAACUGCGUUCAACGUCAACACUGGUUAUUGGUGCAUAUUUAAAAUUGGCUAAUACAUCCGGUGAAUAAUUUGGAACAGACGAAUCAUUGAAGUUAGCGCUGUCACCUUGAAGUAUUUUCGAAAUUUCUUUUAAAACCAUUAGUCCUUUAUUUUUAUCGAAAACAUUUUUAAAUUUUGUUUUAAUUAUUGUACUAUUUUUGCACGUAGGAAGUUCAUUGAUAGAAUUUUCUACUUGUUUUAAAAUGUUUUGACGAGUCUACAAGUGCCAAAUUAGAAUUUGCAAGCUCUUUGAUGCUUUUAACGGUACAUGGAAAAUGUGCUUUAAUGUAAGCAAUGUUACGAUGUAGUUAUUGUACCGAAAAAUACGGAGAUUCAACGACUAAGAACCUUUGGUCCCUCGUUUCAUCCCUUAUUCUGGGUCGUUGAUCGAGAUGAAGACUGUAUUCUAUCUUCUAAUAAGUUUGACCAAAACCGCACACGUUGAGCAAUAUCUUAUCAAAAUUAUUUGAUUAGUUUUUGAGUACGUAAAUUCGUCAUACGCGUGAUUUUUAUAACAUACGUUAUAUUUUAUAAUGUAUUAAUAUUUGGAUUUUUUUUUCAAAUUUUACAUAUAAUUUACUGCGUUUUGUUACGCGCUCGUCGAACGUAAGUAUAUUUAAAUUAAACACUCGAUUCGUUUGAGCCCGGGAGAUGAAAAAAAGUAUAUUUUAAGUAUGUCAUAGUACGCUUUUUAAGUAUAAUAAAAUUGAAUUCCUAUAAUAAUCAACAUUUAAAAAUACCAAUUAAUUACUCUUCCCUACUCCUUCGAUGUAAAUUUUAAAUUUUCAUUUCAACAUUCUGGUUUUUCGGCUAUUUGUAGGCAUUUGGCACUUUUGACAGUUUUUUUUUUUUAGAUUUUAUUUAGUAGGUAAUAUAUGGAUUAAAUUGUUUGGCCAAACAGAAAUGCUUGUAAAUUUAAAUCAUAAAUUAUACUUAGUGGUAAACAAAUAAGAUAAAAAGAUCUGAUACUGGGGAAGGACUGGUGUGCCACUGUUAUGGGCGAGAUUUGGGAAGAUAGGAUACAUAAUGUUAUUUGAUGUAUACCGGUAAGCAACGAUAAACCAUUGCUAAUGAAAAACGAUUCCGAGUGAAGUUCAAUCAUACAUGUUUGAAAUGCCGUAAUUUGUACGAUUUAAGUCAAAAACUGAUUACAAUUUAUAAUGAACCUCGUGAGAAAUUUCCGACCGUUUCUGUUAAGUCAAACAAUUUUAUCCAUUUAAUAGAUACUAAAUGAAAAUUCAAAAAUCGCCAGAACGUUUUGAACAUUUUAGUACAGGACCGUACCGAGAUAUUUUCAUUCGGGGGGGGCAUCAUUUUUAUUUUAUUUGUUCUCUAAUAAUUAUUUAGUUAAAUUCAUAACCAACAUAUUACUGUUACUAACACUAUAAUACAGUCAUAUAGUUACGCAUAAUAAACCUUUUAUUAAAUUCAUAGUAAACCUUCCCGGAGGGGUCCGGAUCCGCAAUUCCUCCCCCUCCUUCUUGGGUACGUCUCUCUUUUACCGCGAUUAGAAAAGGCCAGUAUGAAACGUAUUCUGUGAAAGAUGCGUUUCUUUACGAUAAUAAUAAUUGGAAUUAUAAUUUAUAGCAGAAAACAAAAUUGAAAACAAUGUAACUAUAAUAAAGGUAGUUGUUCUUUUAUAAAAGUUGCUACUCUUGAAAUUUGGAGCAAGACUUUUAGUAGAGAAUAUAAAACGUCAAAAUUUAAUAUACCGCCGUAAUAUUUUCCGUUUUUCUUUUACGGCUGUUCCCAAUUACUAUAAUAACUGCGUGGGAAAUCGUAAAAAAAAGGAUUUACUUACUAAUCAAUUUUUUCCAAAAUUCAACAAAAAAAAAAAAGAAAAAAAAAGUCUCCUUUCAGUUUUCGAUUGGAGCAAAAUCCCCGGUAAUAAAGUCGCUCACAGUCAGUAAGAAAACCGAAUUUCUGAUUCGCAACAGUGUCACACCCAUCCCCAAUAUCGGGUGUUUGUACAUUAUUAUUAUUACAUCACAUUAUAAUAUGUGCGUAGCUACUAUUGCACUUCUUGUUAUUAUCUAAAAAACAAUACAUCUAUAUCAUUGUAUACUGUGCCCCACGAAAAUUCGAUAAAUGCGAUAACAUUUGUUGUGGCCAAUAUUUUUUAUUAUAUAUUUUUUUUUUUAAUAAUCACUAAAGCCUUGCACUAGUAUUCUUCUAUUAUCGAAAUUUUGUUUCAAAAUAUAUGUUUAUAAAAUGCCUGGUUGGGAUUUUGUUAAAACGAUGUUCUUGAAAAUAUAAAUUUGUAUUUUUAUUAUUAUUAUUUUUUUUUUUUUGAAAUGUAUAUAAUAGAGGAACCAUAGCGCAAGGUUAUAAUAAUUGCUAAAAAAAAAAUAAAUACAAAUUGAAAAACAUUGAACAGGACACAAGUUUGUUGAAUCUUCGUAAGUCACUUUGUAUAAAAAACACCAACGCAGAAUAAAAAUUAUUAUAACACCUAUUAUCGCGAGUGAACCCCGACACGACCGACGAGUAGCUGAUGGUAUUUUAUUGUUUGACAAAAUUAUAAUAAUAACAACGUCUCAAGGUGCAUCGGUAUCAGUGAUAAUAUUGUAAUAUUCAGUCAGAUAAGCCCGCGGUACCUGCACGAUAACAUUCCGAAUGUAUAAUAUUACAAUAUUACAGAGAUUCUUCGUAUCUAAUCUCUCGCUAUGGAUACCUACCGCAAUCUGCAUUUGGAAAUUUCGGUCGGUCUUGUGAUUAGUCUUUGGCCGACAUCACAUGCUCGCCAGUAGAGUAUUAAAACAAUGUAGGUGAACAACUAUUGUAUUUUACAAACGUAAAUUGGCCAACGGAAGAGAAAAAAAUCAUUAAAAAACAAAACAACGACUAAAAUGAAAUUUUACCCACGACGUCGUGACGCCGCGUUAAGGACGAGCUUCUUAUCGGCCGUCCUAUUGGUCUCCGUCACGUUACACGUAAGUGCGACAAAAAAAAAAAAAAACUAAGUAUUAUAAUAUUCUUAUCUUCUUUUUUAACGGGUAACGCCAUUUAAAACAGCUCCCCCCUCAACAGUUUUCUGUCCUCCGGUGUCUCAACCGGCUGUACUCCGGGUUUUACCGCCACUCAUACGUCCCGAACAACAAAAUUCUCCCAUUUUAAGUGUGAUCUUCUUAGCGUUUCUUGUUGGCUUGCUAUCAGUUAUACAGUCCUUUUUAUUGAUCCCUGUUUUUUUCGUUCGUUUCCCGCCUAUUUCGUUUUUUCCGCCGAAACGCCUAUUGUGAAUGUGCCGGAAUUCUCGGUUGUGUGUAUUGUUCAUCAUCCCACAGAUCAGAAAUUUUCUUUCGAAAACUUCCAGUCUAAUAUCUUCCGGUUUUCUGGGAGAUUGUGUUUCUUAUACUGCGCCAUUGGAUGUAUCAACAUCACGUAUAAUAGCAUGUCUGAACUUUUAAAUUUACCGAUAUAGCUUUUGAGCCGAGCACUUUUCCCAGGCCACGGUAAUAGCAGCUAUUAAAAUUUGUUCGUCCUGGUGACGUGGUUGUCGACGUUGUCACGACUAAUAUUAAUGUUAAGCGUUUAAAGUGGAAUAUAAUUUUAAACGGUUUCCUACUUCCAUUAUCUCACUUUGUCGGCGAUCCACCUCUCUUCUAUAUCUAGUAUCGUAUAUUAUGUUUUAUCCAACUGAUGUACUUACGGCAUUUUAAAAUGAAAAUACAGUACAACGCAUUACUCGUGACAUUUUUACGGCGAAAAACAAUCAAAUAAUAUCCCAACUUGUUCGUUUUAUAACAUUACACAGGGCGGUGAUUCACUGAACGUGUUCACCCCAUUUUUCUUUUUUUUCAUUUAGAUUUUGCAUUCGUUUAAAUUCUGAUUUUCGGAAUUUUUAAGUGUAGUUAAAGCCGAUAUUUUUGAAGCAAGCUUAGUGAAUCAUCCUAUAUAAAAUAUUAUGUAUACGAUUAAAACGCAGCGUCUGUGCGCCACCUAUAUCGGGGUGAAGUAUGUAAGUUUUUGAACUGGGUACACGAUAUCGAAUUAUCGUUACGAUUUUUCGUUGAAAUGUCUAUUUCGGACGGUCGUUAAUAUAUUUUCGAAACGCGCGUGUCUAAGGCGCGACGUUAGACUUCUCUCGAGUUUUCUCGGUCGGUAAAAACGGCUUUUCUUCGCGUCGAUUGUCCAAUCGUUAUGAAUCCGUAUGCUGUACAGGAAUAUAAUACAAAAAGAUAUAUAUAACCCAUUGAAUAUCUCCAGUGAUAACGAAGAUAAUCGAAUUCUGUUUUUUUUAUAUAUAUAUUAUUCACACGGAUGAGAACUACAAAUAUUUUUCUAUAUUUGAAUUUUUUUUUUUUAUAUGAAAAAAAAAAAAAAACUAUAUUUUAUUAUUUUCGGAAAAUUUUAAGACGGCCGUUCGGCAGAGUUAAUUUUCCUGAAAAUGUCAACGUAUCACAACAUUUGCACCUGACGAACAGUUUCUGAGUUAUUGACCGUUUUAAACUCUACUAAUCCGUGUGAAAACCCGCGUCGUCGCAGAAUGGCUAUUUUAAAAUGUAUAGAUAUCUGUAGUCCCCGUCCGUGCGAGUAAUAUAGAAAAAAAAAAAAAAAAAAAAAACAGAAUUUGACCGUCUCUAUUAUCUCCGGCGAUACGCAAGUGGGGCAGCCUGUACAACAAUACGGUUGUUCGCCGAUCCGACGGACGACGUUGUAAAUGAUGUUGUUUGCAGCAAGCGGAGUGUAGACUCCUCGUCCCGGCGGUGUUGCACGACGUGCUACACGAAACCGGGAAGCUCGGAAGACUAACGGUCGAGUCGCUCCUCGGGACGCUGCCGAUAAUAAACGGCGUUUUGUCGAGAGGCGUUCUGGGACCGGGCGUUCCGACCAGAGCGAUCCGGUUCAACAGGUUGACGGCGAAAAUCAGACGCAGGAAACUGGCCAAGAAGCUCCGGGCUGCGCUGCGGGCCCGAAAGAAUAUGACGUUGGCCAUGUUACGAAAACUCGGCGUCGCCGCCUAAAGGCCCAAAGUGCGCGUUAAAGUUUCAAUGCGCCGCGAUAUUGCGAGCCCGUUCCGUUCCGGCCGUGAUACUCGUGUGCGACGUUUCAUUGUUUUCACUGGAUUAUAAUAACGGCGGAACAACGGCCGACAGAAAACCGUUCGCAGUCCAUCGGUUUUUACGGUGCUCGUAGAAAUUUAAGGCUAUUUUUAUUAUUAUUAUUAUUAUUAUUUUUUUUUUUUUUUGUGUUUUUCGUUAACGUGGCAUUGUAAAAUAUCGUCUAAGCUAUAAGUCUAUGUAUUUAUUAUUACGCAUCGUUAAAAUCGUCCGAACGGUAUAAAAUUUGAAAAAAAAAAAAUUAAUAAAAAAAAAUUACUCCGUUUAAUUAUAAAUAAAAUUUAUAACAAAACAAAUUAGUUUUUUGUUACCUCCGUUCCUAAUCAUAAUAAAUGUUUUUUUUUUUCACUCGCUCAUUUUUUUUUUUUUUUUUUUUCUUAAUUCGUAAUGCGUUUGUUAUCAAACAUGUUAUUGUUAUGUCAUAUCAAAAAUACAUUUUCGAAAUACUUUUUUACGUUUUACGCAGUACGCGUACAGUACGCCUACGGCGGUAAACGUAAUGUGAUAGAUAAAUUGUUACAAUAUUUUGUUAGAUAACCUGUGGAAGUCCCGAGGUAGUGUAGUGGUCGGAGAAGUUGAAAAUUGGGUAGUUCACGAUGUUUACACAAUGUUGGAAUUCGAACGCGUCACGAUGAUAAAAACAAAAAAAAACGAUAAUUUUUUCAUUAUCAUGUUCCGCCGAAGGCGUGGCCGUCGGUCGCCGCGGUCCUUCUGAAACGGGCACAAUGUAGGUAGCAAAAACUGUUUGCGCGAAACAAACGCAAAGUUCUUUGAAAAUUAUACGAAAUUUGUAGAGGACAACGCCUCGUUGGCGUUUUUUCGAAGUAUUAAUUUUGAUGUUGUACAAAAAAAAAAACCAGAAGAAUAUCAUAAAACGACUGGGUGUUAUCGCGGCCCGGUGCAGGCAGAACCGGCUCAGAAUAUAUCGAGGUAUUGUGCAGUCAGCAUUUUCGCGGGACCUCAAUAAGACUCUGAGAGAGGAGUGUAUUAUUGAUUUUAUAUAAUAAUAUUUAUAACCUAACAAAUUUAAUUUGCAACUGUGUUCCACCCGUCAUCGUGCGAAAUAUGUCAGUUCGUUUUGGAUUCUGAGUGAACCGAGGAAUUUAUAUCGGUUUUACAAUGGUGUUUAUUUAUUUAUUUUUUUUUUUUCUGUCUGUGAACAACUUUUCCACCAGAAAUUCCAGAUGAAGAAUCUUUUCUGGAAGGUAAUGUUUUUUGGGGUGAUAAUUUAGGCGGGACAUUUUAUUUUAUUUUUCCAGGGGUUUUCAUAAUAAACGGCGAAAACCGGGGGAAAAAAGAUGAGAAAAACGGAAAAAUUUACGAAGCGUAUUUUUUUCAAAUCAUAAAUAUUCAAAUACACAUCAAAACACGCAUAACCGAACUCCGAUCGGAAUCGUUUUCCGUUAGCAAUGAUUAAUCGUUGCGUGCAUAUAUAUGGAUUAAAUUUCCCCUCUACCUUUCCAACUUGUCACCUACAACUACAGUGACCCACCAAUCAUCGCGUGCGAAAUGUGUCCGUAUUUACAUAAAAUAAUUAUUUUAUUUACUUGUAAUCAAGUAAAUAUUUUAUUAUUUUUUUUACUUUUUCAGCUUUAAACACCACGUGCUGGUGAAUCUUUACAAAACAAAGAUAUUCUUCUCAGUCGAUUGAUUUUAAUUCGCGUUUCUAGCUGCGAUGGCGAGUAAACGUGAGGGGAGGGGAGGGCGUAUAAAAGCGCGGGACUACGUGCAAGUGCACGGUUUCCGCCGCCUUCAAAUAAAAAGGUCGACGGGUCAACGGGUCCGCGUGGCGUUUACGAUGUGUGUCGCGACCGCGUAUCGUUUGAAACGCGAACCAUUACAGGCGGACGACCGGUUACCGACCGGCGUUUUCCUUGCGCGUUAUUAAUCACCGCCACUUGAACGCAUUUAACUCGUAAUUAUUUGACAACGAAAAAAAACAUAUCCACACGCGGUUUGAUUUGUCGCUACAACGAAAACGAACUGACGUCUCCUCAACACCUAUAUCACACCGUUCGGCGUUAACAUCACGAUAGCAUUGUGAGCGCGCGAUGAGUCGAACGUUGCUGGACGGCCGCCAUCUAGUCGUUGACGACAAUCCCGUAUUGUUAUUAUGUUUUGUCUGUCGGAAACGCGCGUCUGCUCGCGUCGUAAUAAUGUCCGUCGCAAUCGUACGUGACGUACGUGGACAAUAACAAUAAUUACUGUGACAUCCGAAUCCGCGUCGCACGAAACCUGCGCCGUUAUCAUCGCGUAUUCCCGGUACACACGGUCGUGAUAUCGGUCGUUAUCCGUGGAGACCUCGAACGUGAGAAACCUAACCGUUGACCGGGUUUGCUGGGUCGGUGUUUUUUUUUCUCGUUAUUCGAAAAAAAAAAAAAAAAACAACAUACCCCGUGCGGCCUCCUAAGCCUCCUGCCCCCUGCCUUGAUCCAGCCGGACGCUCGUGUCUCGCAAGCGUUUGAUAAGAGGUUAAUUAACACUCUGAUAAUAAAACUAACGGUACAAAAUCCAGGUCCCGUGAAACACAAAUUCGCCGCGUAACACGCGAGACGCGUGGGUGUCAGUCCUCUUAAAAAAAACGAAAUCAAAAAAUACCCGUGUGUUUUACGUAAAAAUGAAAUUCUAACAUUUAAAUCAUGCGAUGUUAAGUGUAAAUAAUGUAAAGUCUUACAGCCGAAAAAUAACUGUGACUAUAAACUUUUUUUUAGAAAUAUUACGAAACUAAAUAUUUAGUUACUUAAGUUCCAGUAAUAGUUAUUCAAAAUCGUGUAAACUAGCUGUUUUCAAGAGAACGUUACGCGUUUAUGUCCAUGUCUUUGACAUAUAACAGCCUGGCUAUCUGCGCCGUCUAUAAACCUGUAAAUCGUAUCGUUUAUAAAUUAUAAUGUACAGUGACAUUAACAAUUCCGCGACAUGAUUCAGUUCCGUUAUAACGAUAACACUGUUGGUCCUAACUCGUUGCCCUAUCUCUUUUGCUCGACGUUGGCUGACGCGUUUUUUCUUUUUACGCGCAGUCCGUUGUCCAUUAGUUUAUAGACCUAUGGCGUCGUGAUUUUUAAUUUUUCAACGAGUUACAAGCAUUUUUGAAUCGUGAAAUUUCACGCGCUCGUCGUAGCUCUUUUAGGACACGAUUCGGAUAACGUUCUUGUCUUUAAGUCGAUGGGCCGAUUCACUCUAACAUUAAAAGUAACGGCGCUGAAUGGUCUUGGCCGAACGAAAAUUCGCUAUGUCGUGCGGUUGUAAGACGGAGACAGCGUCAUCCGGGUUUAAAGUCCUCUUAAGAAGAAAAAUAUUGUAGGUACUUUGCGUUUAGAUAAGCCGUAAAUACGUAUUAACGGUUAUUAUUUGAUGAUAGUUGCAUAUAUUUAUUGUUUUUUUUUUUUUUUUUUUAUCAAACGAGUAUUAUUUACUAUAUUAUUAUUAACACUAUUAAUACUAUAGUAUUAUUUAUUAUACCGUAUUAUUUGAAUUAUUGCGUAAUUCAAUGCAACUAAAUGGAAAUAAUCGAUAAAAAGACGUGUUGUUAUUGCUAACUACAAUGGAAUUACAAUUAAAAAAACCGGUGAUAUGGUCUACGAGUGCGCCAUCUUAUGGCCAUUACAUUGAUUGCAUAAAACGGAUAGUGAUCUGGAUGAAAUGUUAAUGUUACCAGCGUCGGCGUACUCGGGAAAUUUCAUUGGAAGGGGAAGUAGUAAAUAGUAAACGUGAAUUAUGAAAGAAUCGUAAAGUCAUCAUUGCGCACAUAUUUAGAAUUUAAAAUAAUGCAGCGUCAACUUUUUUUUUUUUCGGAAAAUUUACCUGUACGACUCUCUAUUAAUACGCCGAAUAAUACCGAUCUAGAACAUAAUAUACGUGGACGUAGUCGUUUGGAUGUCAACAAUCGGAUGGAAAAAAAAAAAGCGAAGAAAAAUAAACAAAAAUAUUACGCAUAUAAAAACAAAGUGCGAGUACAUUGAACGGUCGUGAAACCAAUCCGGCACUGUCUGCGUGAUGGCGCGCGACGUGUAACAACAAACGACGCGACAACGAAAUAUUGCAAUUGCGUUGUUUUUGUUUUUCGCUCGUAAUAAUUUCGCUUAAUCAACACCGCGCGGGCGUAACACUUUUGGGCGCUAUUUUUUUUAUUUUUUUUUCGACGUCCAAUUUAUCAAUCUAUUAAAUCCCCGCGUCCGAGCGUCCGCGUCCCGCGCGUGUCCGCAUUCGAAUUGGUACGAUCUCGCGACGGGCGUACGGCGCGCGCGCGAUUGAUAGUUCGUCCAAGGUCUUUUUGCUCAGCACAAGGCCUAAAUAAUGAUAAACGCGACUGCCGCGUGCACAAGCACCGCGCACCGACGAUCUUUCGUCCGUCAAUUGUUUAUCAAUUCCCGCCGAGGUCGUCUCCAUUAACGGACGCGUCCGCGCGGCCAGACCCGCUGGAAAACGUUUCGGUUCAAUUACGACGGACGGGAUGAUCCCGGGCGUUCGUCACUACCGGGACACGGUAAAUUCUACGCGGUCCCGCGGUCGUCGCACCGUCGCAAACGCCCCGCCGGACGGCGGAAACUCCAGGCGGUAGGGCACGGGCGCCCGCGCGGGUAGUCGGCACGACGAAAACGCCGGAAAGCGCUCGAAAUACAUUUGUAAAACGAUUGUUUUCGCACGGCUUUUCGUCAUUGCGCGUGCGAUUCAUUUUUUAUAGGAAGAAAAAAAAAAAAUUGCGCCUACAUAUCGGACGGAAUGAAUAUCACAUACGUUGAAAAACAGAAAUUAAAUUAGUCCGUUCUUUUUUUUUUUUUCUACACUUUUAAGGCCGACCAAAACGAAAAAAUCGAGUAUCGGAGGCGUACAGGUAUAUUUUCGGGAAAAUACGUUUCGCAACGCCCGCGGGCCGUCUAUCGGGCGUCCAGCGGAUGGUUUUCACGUGAUUUUUUUUUUUUUUGCAUUAGAACAACGCGUCGGCCGCCCCUGCGGACGACGACGACGAAUCGCCGGCGCCGGAAUCGUUGGCGGCGCCAACGCCGCCGCCGCCGCCGAAGACGCUGAUGGACAGGGUGUCGGGCGUGGCGAACAGCGUCAAGGAGCAGGCGGUCGAGACGGUGGACGGGGCCGGGAACGCGGCGAUCAGGCUGUCGUCGGCGGGCGGCCUGCAGGAAGGCGGCGCGGGCGGCGCUGCCGGCACCGGCGGCACUCACACGGAGAACCGGUUGAUCGGCAAUGACGUCAUGAACCGGCUGCAGGACACCAAGGGCCGUACGAUGGCCGCGGCCAAGAAGGUGGUGGACGAGACCGUGCACAAGCUCAUGUCGACCGUUAACGGCAUACGACAAACGAUCAGCGGCGACGACCAGGACGACGUGGGCGGCGACAAGAGGAUCAGCACGGCGCUGGACACGUUGCUCCGGACCGUCGGGUCCGAGGGCCGGGCGGCAUUCGACUUCGCGUCCGACGUCGUCAACGAGACGGCCGACCGGGCGAAGGCGGCCGUCGACAAGGCCGAGCGAAACAAACAGCGUCGGCCCGCGUGAUGACACGAUCGCCGUUUCUGCGAAAACCACCCUAUAAUUUGUUGUAUUUUUUAUUAUUAUUUUUUUUUUUAUACAUUUUUCAACUUUGCCGUUUUCAUUAUACAACGUUAGGCUACAAUCAACCCACUAUCGAAAUGUCAAAACUAUACUGUAACACGGUUUUACAUAAUAAAAUGCAUUCGACUAUUAUCGCGCAAAUACAAAAUAUCGAAGAAAAAUAUUUAAAAAAAAUUGCAUAUUAUAUUGUUCACCAUUUGAUCCAUGAACAAAAUACGUAUUGUGUACAAUAUGUUAUACGGUGUUAUAUACCCUGUCAAUGAAAUUGCCCGAUUCGUGAAAUUACGUUAUGUUUAUACUUUUUGUUAAUUUUAACAUAAGGGUACACUGAUAAGAACAUUGUCUAUAAUUUUAAAAAUCAUCGUAACUUGCUUAAAAAUUCAAGUGUCAAGAAAAAACCAACGCAUACGUGUAUACGUAGACAAUGUUCUUACAUUUACGUUCGACAUUAGACAAAUGUAUCGUAAUGUUAAAAUUAACAGCGCAAAAUCAACAAAACCUAUAAAUAUAACGUAAUUUUAUAAAUUUCACCGACGGUACACAUAUAUGUUAGAUUCCGAGUGAAGCGAGGGAUCCAUUGGUUCAAUUAUGGUCGGUAUAUUUUUUUUUUCUGUUUACGAAAAAUGUUUCUCCUAGAAAUCUCGAUCCAAUCAAAACACGAUAAAAUACCUAUUGUGUUGCGUUUAGGUUCUAAUCGAUAUUGAAAGGUCAUUUUUUUUUUUUAAGUUCUCGUUAAUAUUCAACAUUACGAGGAAAAGUAAUAAAAAUAAGGAUGCCAUUGGCCAUCGUUUUUUUUUAUUUAUUAUUAUCAAGUUUGUAUUAUUUUAAUAUUUUAAUUUGUCUUAAACGACCAUCUUGUUGUCGUGAAAACGCACAUUGUUGAAAAAGCAAUACUAUUGACCGAGCUCCACUCAGAAUCAUUUUUCGUUAGAAAUGAUUAAUCUUUACAUACAGAUAAAAACUGAACUUCCCUCUACAUCCCACCUUUCCAACUUUCCACUUAAAACCGCACCCAUCCUCAGUAUCAAUUUUUUUUUUUUAAUUCUCCACAGGAAGGGACUGGAACCUUAAAAGACCGUACAAAGAAGGACCGUUUAAAGACCGAAACUUUUUGAUAAUCACAAGACCGGAAUCCUUAAUAAAACCUGAAAAUCGAAAAGGUUCCGGUCCCUGCAGACACGUGCCAUUUACGCAUUAUUACAGAAGCUUACACCAAUACCGUCCGUGUAUAUAGUGGCGCGAUUCGUUGCGUCAUCUGAGUUGGCUAUCCCGUCCACGAAUUUUAAAAAUUGUGACUUUUUCUUUUUAAGCUCGGCAAAAAAUCGUAAUAAUACAUAAAUAAUAUUCGAACCGUAAACAUUAAAAAUAAUAAAUGUUCCGAUCUGCGCUAAUAUUAUACACGGCAACAAACGCACACGCCACCAAAACGUAACGGAAAUAACAACGACAGCGAGCUUUUUCCGAAAGGAAAUCCGACUUGCGUGAUACUUUGAGGAGGUAUUUUUUUUUUUAUUUUGCGCGUGGUCUAGGACAAAUGACCCAGUUGACCUGACCUAACCUAACCUAACGACAGUUGACGUUAUGUUGAUCACCCUGUAUGCAUAGGGCAACGGGAUAUUUCGAUCCGGAGUACGUUUUCACCGGUUUCGUAAUGUUAUUACUGCAAUGAUAUUUCCUCCAUACGUUAUUCGAAACAGGAAUAACGCGCUAUUUGAUACCGGCCAAUCGACGAAAUCAUAUUUUUAACCGCGUAAUUAAAACCAGUCAACGAGAACAAUGUACAUUCGGACACAGCGUUGGGACCGUAGAGGCUCCGAUAUUGUUACGCCACUACCGGCGUAAACGAUGGUCGGACCGGAUCAAAAUGUCUCGAAAAAAAAAAAAAAAAAAAAACACCCCUUGAUCAAAAUAAUUUCACUUUACCAUUAUGUAGGCGUGAUACUGUAAAUAGGUGCGUUUAUAUUUAAUUUCAGAGUGUGGCGGGCCAGCAGUUAGAAACGUUUCGGGUUCUUAAACACCAAUUGGAAGACAUAAUAGCGAGGAAGACCAAUGUCGCGUUCGACGUUCGUCCCGACGUUCAGGCCAUGAUCUCGGGCCCGAUCGUCGAGUGGAACGCUGAGGCCGUAGCGGCCAUCGCGCACGGUACCGAAUUGUUAAUGGAUUCGUUUCGGUUGGCGGCCGAAGAUGUUCAAAGUUCCGUCGACGUCGUCAAGUCCGAAAUCGAGAACGACAAGAAGACCAAAAAAACCGUGUGAUAUGAUAAAUCGGGAUAAUCACGGUACACGUAUUAUUAUUAGACAUUCGAAUUGUUUGCAAUGUGUUUUAAAAAAAAAAAAGUAACAAUUAUAAAUAAAUAUUCCGUUUAAUAAUAAUAUUAUUUAAAAGCGUGUUGUUAAAUAGAUUUUUCUGUUUUUGUGACGUAUGAAAAAAAAUAUAUCAAGCCGUGCUGUUUUA